AUGUGGCGAGGUAAAAUCCUCGUGUGGCUCGGGUUAAUCGCGGUAAACUUCUUACUUAUCCCGGACCUGUUUUUCGUGUUUUACGGUAACCACAUCGCCAUCAUCUUUCUGACGAUUUUCCUAGGGAUAGGUCUCAUCUUAUUAGUGGAUUUUGCCCACGCGUGGGCGGAGACUUGUCUUGAAAAGAUCGAAAUGGAGGAGCUUACGGGAGAAGGAGACUCGCUGAUGUGGAAACGCCUCUUGAUUGGCGGCACCCUCACCAUGUACGGGGCACUGGUGGUGGUGACGGUGCUCAUGUACACGUUCUUUUGCGGUUCCGGAUGCCACAUGAACCAGACCGCCGUCACCAUCAAUUUGAUCUUAGCGGUGGUGAUCCUGCUAAUGCUGGUGAACCAGACGAUCCAGGAACUGAACCCGCACGCGGGCUUGGCCCAGCUGCUGAUGGUGGUGUGCUACUGCACCUAUCUAGUGAUGCUGGCGGUGGCGCUGGAGCCCGACGAUAAGUUCUGUAACCCGUUGGUGCGGUCUCGCGGCACACGGACGGCGUCCAUCGUGGUCGGGGCAUUGUUUACGUUUUUGGCCGUCGCCUAUACGACAACCAGAGCCGCCGCCAACCUGGCCUUCGCCGGGGGUGCCCCGUUAACUGAUGAUAGUGUUAGUGGCGUGGGUCGCCCCCGGGCUCGCAACGAGAUGCGCUAUCAGGCGAUCAAACAGGCAGUCGACGAAGGGCUGUUACCGGAGCUGGCCCUCCACGAAGUCGAUUUGUACACUGACGGCAUUGACGAAGGCGACGAAGAAUUCACUCGUGUUAAAUAUAACUACCUGUUGUUCCACGUAAUCUUCUUCCUCGCCACCCAGUACGUCGCCACUCUUUUGACCAUAAACGUCAAACAGGACGAUUUGGGCGACUUUGUCCCCGUGGGACGCACUUAUUUUGCUCUGUGGGUGAAGAUCUGUCUGCUGUGGGUGUGCUUUGUAUUGUACGGGUGGCUGUUGGUGGCGCCGGUGAUCUGGCCCGACCGCUUUGGCGUCCAGAUGUGA